AUGGGUUGUCGCGGUAGCAAGGAGAAGAACCCGAACGAAGAUUUUAGUGCCCGCCGUGGACCAUCGGCCACCGUCGGAGGUGGAGGUGGAGGUGGUAGUAGUAAUACGCACUAUCACAGUGUUCAAUCAUCUUCUAGUCAUGUUCAGACUUCAGUACCACCAAAACCUAAUUCACACUCACAAGCUUCUUCAACAGUGAUAACAACAACAACAUCAUCAAAUCCAAAACCCUCCGUCACACCUCAGAAUGUGAAAACUGUGCAGAAAACAGAUACAGCUAUAUUAGGUAAACCUUAUGAAGAUAUUAAGAAGUUCUAUAGUUUAGGUAAAGAAUUAGGGCGAGGUCAAUUUGGGAUUACGUAUUUCUGCACUGAGAAUUCCACUGGUUUGAAUUAUGCUUGUAAAUCUAUAUUGAAAAGGAAGCUUGUGAGUAAAGCUGAUAGAGAAGAUAUUAAGAGAGAGAUUCAGAUUUUGCAGCAUUUAUCUGGUCAACCUAAUAUUGUUGAAUUUAAAGGUGCUUAUGAGGAUAGGUUUUCUGUGCAUCUUGUCAUGGAGCUUUGUGCUGGUGGAGAGUUGUUUGAUAGGAUUAUUGCUCAAGGUCAUUAUUCAGAGAGAGCUGCUGCAUCUCUUUGUAGGUCUAUUGUUAAUGUUGUGCACAUUUGUCAUUUUAUGGGUGUUUUGCAUCGUGAUUUGAAGCCGGAGAAUUUCUUGCUGUCUAGUAAGGAUGAAGGUUCCGCGCUCAAGGCUACUGAUUUUGGACUUUCCGUUUUCAUUGAAGAAGGUAAGGUUUACCGUGAUAUAGUAGGCAGUGCUUACUAUGUUGCUCCUGAGGUACUGCGUCGUAAUUAUGGGAAGGAAAUAGACAUUUGGAGUGCAGGCAUUAUAUUGUAUAUUCUCCUUAGUGGUGUACCACCUUUUUGGGCUGAAACUGAAAAGGGAAUAUUUAAUGCCAUAUUGGAAGGUGAACUUGAUUUUGUUAGUGAACCAUGGCCAUCAAUAUCAGACAGUGCUAAAGAUCUAGUCAGGAAGAUGCUGAAUCCGGAUCCAAAGAAGAGAAUUACUUCUACACAAGUCCUUGAACAUCCAUGGAUGAGAGAAGGUGGAGAAGCAUCUGAUAAACCGAUUGAUAGUGCUGUUUUAUCCAGAAUGAAACAAUUCAGAGCAAUGAAUAAGUUCAAGAAACUUGCAUUGAAGGUUAUGGCUGAAAAUCUAUCAGAAGAAGAGAUUAAAGGUCUCAAGGCAAUGUUUGCAAACAUGGACACUGAUGGUAGUGGCACCAUCACCUAUGAAGAAUUGAAGACAGGCUUGGCUCGAAUUGGAUCAAGACUCUCCGAGACUGAAGUGAAGCAACUUAUGGAAGCUGCUGAUGUUGAUGGAAAUGGGUCGAUUGACUAUCUUGAAUUCAUAUCGGCCACAAUGCAUAGGCACAGACUUGAACGAGAUGAGCAUCUUUACAAAGCAUUUCAGUAUUUUGAUAAGGACAAUAGUGGGCAUAUUACUAGAGAAGAAUUAGAGACUGCCAUGACAAAGCAUGGAAUAGCUGAUGAAGCAACAAUAAAGGAUAUAAUUUCUGAGGUGGAUACAGAUAAUGAUGGGAGAAUAAACUAUGAGGAAUUCUGUGCAAUGAUGAGAAGUGGAAUGCCACAACCGAACCAUGGACCACUAUUUUAA